AUGAAUGCUGCGGCAGAAGCCGAUUUCAACAUCCUCCUGGCCACCGACUCGUACAAGGUUACUCAUUAUAAACAAUAUCCACCCAACACCUACUUUGAAUGCCAUGAAAAGAAGACAGAAAACUCCAAAGUAAGGAAGGUGAAAUAUGAGGAAACAGUAUUUUAUGGGUUGCAGUACAUUCUUAAUAAGUACUUAAAAGGUAAAGUAGUGACCAAAGAGAAGAUCCAGGAGGCCAAAGAAGUGUACAAAGAACAUUUCCAAGAUGAUGUCUUCAAUGAAAAGGGGUGGAACUACAUUCUUGAGAAAUAUGAUGGUCGUCUUCCAAUUGAAGUCAAGGCUGUUCCUGAGGGCUCUGUCAUUCCCAGAGGAAAUGUUCUCGUCACAGUGGAAAACACAGAUCCAGAGUGCUACUGGCUUACAAAUUGGAUUGAGACUAUUCUUGUUCAGUCCUGGUAUCCAGUUACAGUGGCCACAAAUUCUAGAGAAUGGAAGAAAAUGUUGGCCAAAUAUUUGAUAGAAACUUCUGGUAAUUUAGAUAGUUUGGAAUACAAGUUACACGAUUUUGGCUACUGAGGCAUCUCUUCACAAGAGACUGCUGGCAUAGGGGCAUCUGCUCAUUUGGUUAACUUCAAAGGAACAGAUACAGUAGCAGGAAUUGUUCUGAUUAAGAAAUAUUAUGGAACAAAAGACCCUGUUCCAGGCUAUUCUGUUCCAGCAGCAGAGCACAGUACCAUAACAGCUUGGGGGAAAGACCAUGAAAAAGAUGCUUUUGAACACAUAGUAACACAGUUUUCAUCAGUGCCUGUGUCUGUGGUCAGCGAUAGCUAUGACAUUUAUAAUGCGUGUGAGAAAAUUUGGGGUGAAGAUCUAAGACAUUUAAUAGUCUCGAGAAGUACAGAGGCACCACUAAUAAUCAGACCCGAUUCUGGAAAUCCUCUUGACACUGUAUUAAAGGUUUUGGAUAUUUUAGGUAAGAAGUUUCCUGUUACUGAGAACUCAAAAGGAUACAAGUUGCUGCCACCUUAUCUUAGAGUUAUUCAAGGAGAUGGAGUAGACAUUAACCUUACAAGAAAUUGUAGAGGGAAUGAAACAAAAAAAUGGAGUAUUGAAAACGUUUCCUUUGGUUCUGGUGGAGCUUUGCUGCAGAAGUUAACAAGAGAUCUCUUGAAUUGCUCCUUCAAGUGCAGCUAUGUUGUCACCAAUGGCCUUGCGGUUAAUGUCUUUAAGGACCCAGUUGCUGAUCCCAACAAAAGGUCCAAAAAGGACCAGUUAUCUUUACAUAGGACACCAGCAGGGAAUUUUGUCACACUUGAGGAAGGAAAAGGAGACCUUGAGGAAUAUGGUCACAAUCUUCACCAUACUGUUUUCAAGAAUGGAAAGGUGACAAAAAGCUAUUCAUUCGAUGAAGUCAGAAAAAAUGCACAGCUGAAUAUCGAGCUGGACACAGCACCUCAUUAGGCUUUUUGCAGCCUAGCAGAUGUG